AUGUGUAUCAAUAUCUAUCCUCUCUCUCUAUGUAUUUAUCUCUCUCUGUAUCUCUCUUUCUCUAUGCAUCUCUUUCUCUAUGCAUCAAUCUGUCUAUCUCUCUCUCUAUGUCUCGAUCUCUAUCUCUCUCUCUAUGUCUCGAUCUCUAUCUCUCUCUCUAUUCUACUCUUAUCUCUCUCUGUCUCUGUUGAUUCUUUCGAUUUCACUCUCUGGAUUUCACUCCACUCCUUUCUCUCUCUAAUUUUCCAUGAUUCUCUCUCAAUUUACUCCUUAUCUUUUUUGCAAGGUUACCCCAACCUGCAAUGUACUCUUGCCUCCUUUGUAAUGUUUUCCUUCCAAAUUUACUUGCAUCUUUGCAAGAUUUUAUCCUUCUCUACAUUUAUACUCCCUAACCUCUUUGCAAGGUUCUCUCCCACACCAAAUUUACUCCCUGGCAUCUUUGCAAGGUUAUCUCCCACUCCAAAUUUACUCCCUGUCAUCUUUGCAAGGUUCUCUCCCAUUCCAAAUUUACUCCUUGUCAUCUUUGCAAGGUUCUCUCCCACUCCAAAUUUACUCCCUGGCAUCUUUGCAAGGUUCUCUCCCACUCCAAAUUUACUCCCUGUCAUCUUUGCAAGGUUCUCUUCCACUCCAAAUUUACUCCCUGAUCUCUUUAUAAAGUUUUUCCUUUCCUCAAAUUUACUCAUUGACUUCUUCGUGAGGUACCCCUUACCAAUUUUUUCCCCCCAACUCUUUUGCAAGGUUCCCUCUAAUUUACUCCCUAGAGUCUUUCCAAAUUUCUCUCCCCCUUUUUUUCAUUCCCUUUUCUCAUAUUAA